ACGACGACGCGAGUGUCUUUGCGUCUUUGGUGCCACAGGAUGGAAAGUAAACCAUGAUGUAAACAGCUUAAAUGGAGUAAGCGUUUGAAAAUCUGCACAUGUGCAGUAGAAUCCAAUUGAUAAUAUGACGUCCAAUAUACUGGAAGAAAAUGAUUUGGAUUUUGAUGCCAGUGUUUCCUCAUUUAAUAGUGAUACUGAGAAAGUCGAUAGCUCAUUGAUAAGGAGAAUUUUAUCUGAAAUGAAAAGUGAAUUCAACAGAGGAAAUGACAAUGAUGAUGCUGCUUCCGAUACCGCUAGUGUGAGUAACUUGGACGUCAAAAAAGAAGGUCUUGAAUCAGCAAUGGCAGAUCCAUCGAGUGAAGUAGAUAACGAUCUUAGUGAAAAUACUGAUGAACAAGUCAUGGAAGAAUCUAAAAGAACACCUAUUAUCAUAAACAAGACCAUCUUUGAUACAGAAGAAGAAGGAGAUGAACAAAAACCUCGUUUAAUUUUGACUUUGAGAACAAGUGAAGAAGAUAGAGAACUUGGGAGACUGGGGAGGAGGAGCAAUGUCUGUCAUAGUACAAGUGACAGUUUGAAUGCCAGCUACUCCGAUGUGAGCGACACCUCUGAGGACAGGGGCACUAAGUGGGAGAGCAUCAGUCGUAGAUCACUGAGAAGUAGCUCAAGACUGACAGACAGAGAAAACGAGAGUUCAAAUAUGAAACGAUCAUCAAGACGCUUCUCCAAGGAACACUGCCGAGAGUCGGUUUUGCAGAGUGCAAUUGCUCGGAAAGAAAAAUCAUUCAGUUCUCUCGGUCAAACUGAAGAACGGACCACAAGAAGGGGGGCGAGAUCUCCCCGACAGAGUCCUGGAGACACAAGGGUAAACAGACCUCUUACAAGGUCAAAAUCUCCCAAAAUGGGUGGUGCGUAUGAUAUGGAAGGGCAAGGUGAGUUGUGUGAUACAAAUACAUUGAUGGCGAUAAAAACGGAAUCAGAUUUCAACUUAUCCUUAAUGAAAUCAGAGAAUGAAGAAAUGAGUGAAGAUUCAAACGACACCGGUAAUAAUAACAGCGCCAGCACAAAUAGCCAAAGUAGUGAACCCGCCGAUUUAAAACCAUCAAAGACUGAUAAGCUGUAUACUAAGACUGGUAAACGGCGAACUAAACAUUUUAAAGGUCUCAGAUACUCUCUCACUACUGGUGGAAGUGUUGCUCGCAAAAAAGCAUUGUUAGCAAAAAGAGGCAGAAAAAAGAACCAAGAAGGAAUGCACAGGCAAGAAAAUUAUAAUAGAGAAGAUAAUGUAAAAACAGAAGAAUCAAAUCAUAGUUUACUGCUGCAAUCUGAUACUGCUGAUGACAACAAUAUAACUGAGACCAAUUUUGUAGCAGAACCUGUUCAAGAUUCUGAAGAGUUAGUUCCUAAACAGGAUGUGGAUAGUACUUCUGAUCCACUUAUCAGUGAACCUGUAACGGAAGGAAAUGGUAACCCAGAGCUGCCAGAAGACAUUGAUCAUAAUGUCAUUGCUAAACGCAAGUAUCCAGAGGACAGUGAUGACGAAUCCAAAGAAGAAAAGCGCAUGUGUGUGGAUGCUCCGUCGCCAAGUCAAGGAGACGCAGAUGCUGAACCUGAUAAACCAGAGGCCACUGCCAUCUCAAUCGGGGUUGGCACUGCUGGAAUCUGCUUGUGUAACAAGAGGGACAACAUGUUCGCCAAGGCCAAUGGCUGGAGAACGGAACUCUACUGUCAGGCUGUAGACUCUCUGGACGGCCGACCCAUCGGUUGUUGUAAUACAGUGGACAAGGACAAUGCCCGUUUGUUGAGACCAAGUGCUCGUGUUCCAUUCCUUUUGUUGUGUGAUGUCCACUACAAACGUCUGCUGAGGCACAACUGCUGUCCUGGCUGCGGCAUAUUUUGUACACAGGGUACGUUCAUGCAGUGCUGGGCGUACCACCACUACCACAAGGACUGCCAGUUGGAGGAGGAAGGCAAGGAGGCUUGUCCACACUGUGGCAGUGAGGACGCUAGAGAAGUCAUCAUCGGCCUCGGCGCUCACAAGUAUCCUGUGUUCAUGCCUCAGCAGAAACCAAACAAGAACACGCCGAGCGCAAAGAUGACGUUUACGUACAGUUCGCAAGUGGAAGAAGAAGACAAGCAACUGACCCAGUUGGAGGAGGUUUUGUCGAAGAUCCCUCUAGUUCCGUCGUCAUCACUGGUGUUGCCCUCUGGUCUACAGAUCACCUCGCAGGGGCUGCCCACACUGGACAAGGACAAGUUAGAGACGUUGUUGCAUGCUGUGUGCGAUAUUGACAUUCUUAGCUUGCCCAGAUACACUUUAAGGAACAUGUAUCAAGCAGCAAAACAUGGAGAACCAGAGAAACUUAUUCAUAUUCUUGCGGCUGGACUGAACCCCAACCAUGUGUUCAGAGAGUGGGGCAUGGGCUCUGCACUACAUGCUGCGUGUGCUGGGGGUCAUCUGACCUGUGUGCAUCUGCUGAUACAAGCUGGGGCCAAUCUGGAUGUGGUAGACAGGGACCAGAACACUCCGUUGAUGCAAGCCUGUGCCAACAGUCACAACGACGUGGUCAAGUAUCUGGUCAAGGCAGGAGCCAGUGUCACCUUCAAGGGAGGAGAUGGUAUGACAGCACUUCACCUGGCAGCCAAGACAGGCAAUAUAGAGGCUUGUCACUACCUAAUCUCCAACCCCAACACUCCACGCAACUUUAUAGACUCUGUGGACGACGGUCGCUGGACCCCCCUGGUGUGGGCAGCCGAGCACAAGCACUACAAGGUCAUCAGGUUCCUGUUAGAGAAGCGAGCAGACCCGUUAGUGAGGGAUGCAGAACAGAACAUAGCGCUACACUGGGCAGCGUUGUCCGGCAGCAUAGACAUAGCUGAGGCGCUGCUCAACUACGGCUCGGAGGUCAACUCCACCAACGCCCACGCCGAUACUCCACUCCACAUAGCAGCACGUCAGAACGCGUACGACUGUGUGAUCCUACUGCUGGCCAGGGGUGCGCGCGUGGAUAUGCACAACAGGGCUGGCUUCGUGCCACUGGAGUGUGUGCCUGGCGCACCCAACGACACAUACAACGCUAUCAAACUCACGGUAGAGCUGCGCAACCUUACACUCAACGUGCAGAAGAGAGCGCAGAAGAUACUGACUAAUGACAUCACACGAGGUUAUGAGGCCAACCCUGUACAAUGUGUAAACGCUGUAGACGAUGAACCGGAGCCUAGGGACUUUGUUUAUGUCAUGGAGAACUGCUUCACCUCCAACAUCAGUGUGGAUCGAACCAUCACCUCACUGCAGUCGUGUAAAUGCAGAGACAUGUGCACCAGUGGAGGCUGUAUGUGUGGCAAGAUCAGCAUCAGAUGUUGGUACGAUGAUGAGGGGAAACUGCUGCCAGAGUUCAACUUUGCAGAUCCUCCCAUGCUGUUUGAGUGUAACCAGGCUUGCUCGUGCAACCGCCUGACUUGUCGCAACCGGGUGGUACAGCACGGCAUCACCGCGAGGUUCCAGCUGUUCCGCACCAAGGGCAACAAGGGGUGGGGCGUGCGCACACUCAGGCUCAUACCCAAGGGGGCGUACGUCUGCGAAUACAUUGGAGAGAUCAUAUCAGACUGUGAAGCUGAUACCAGAGAAGAUGACUCAUAUUUGUUUGAUCUGGAUAAUAGGGACGGAGAGACGUACUGUAUAGACGCUCGCAAGUACGGCAACAUUGCCAGGUUCAUCAACCACAGCUGUGAACCCAACUUGCUACCAGUCAGAGUGUUCAUUGACCAUCAGGACCUGCACUUCCCUCGUAUAGCCUUCUUUGCCAACCAGGACAUACAGGCUAAUGAUGAACUUGCAUUUGACUAUGGGGAGAAGUUUUGGAUAAUCAAGAGGAACAUGUUUACAUGCACUUGUGGUGCUGAGAAAUGCAAAUACUCGGAGACUACGAUUGAAAAGACGUUGGCCAACUACCACAAGAAACUUAAACAAGAGGAAAAGGAAAACUUAUAAUGACCCAGGCUAUAAUUGUUAGCCAAAUUUCUUAGUCACACUCUAGAGUUGCUCAUAUUUUAUGUUAGGCCUACCUCCCUUUGUUUCAACAGCGCAGACUAGUGAGACAUGUGGAAAAUCUCUAAACUGUAAUAUGUCUGACUUUUUUAGUUAAAAAAUCAUAUAUAACAACAGUUGGUUUUACACUCAAGGCUGGUAAUUACUGCAGUGGUUGUCGGAGGGGUAAAUUCGUACAUAUUUUCCUCACCAAGUAUAACGUUUGGUUUUGUUUUUGAAAUAUGUUUCAUCAAUCAAUAUUGCACAAGUGAAUAGCCUGUUUUAGAGCUGCAACGACAUAGUUAGUUUUUAUUUUACAAAAAUGCAACAUGAAGCUAGAAUUAAUAUCAAAGUUGUUUUAAACAAAGAUUUUAAAUUAUCUUAAGUAGAU